GUGGCUCGGUUUCACUUUUGAAACUUUACCAUUCUAAGAAAAAAUGAAGUUUCUAUCGAUAUUAUUCACCGUUUCUGCUUUAUUUAUGUGUGGCUCUGCUCAACAGUUGAUGAGCUUGAAAAAUUUCGAGGGCAUGAGUGUGCACAAUGACUUAAACGUUGAUGCACCAUACAAUUUUUAUGUGUCAGCUGACUCGGAUGAUGCAAAUGUUUUACAGCAGAUCUCUGUGGUUACCGAAAGUGGGCAGAAAACACUCCUUGAGCUCAAAAAUAAUCUCCAAGGUUAUGGAGAAAUUACACCGUUCCCAGUUUUACAGUCCGCCUAUCUGAUUACAGCAUUGAGUAAUGAUGUCCUGGAAAAACUGACUGGUGUUAUUUACCUCAGCUCCACAAAACAGAGAGCAGACAACAACUUCCACGUCUACGGUGUAUCCGCGCCUCAAAAUAUCCAACUCCUAGGACUAGGAAACGUUAAUACCACAAUCUUGUUCCUCAACACCUACAUGAGCUCGAAUCCAGUAUACUCCUCAACGAUCAGUCAGUGGCACCAAAAUCCUAACGCCGUCGCCUUCCUGUAUGCCGGUGUCCCAUGGGAUUCAAUUGAACUGAAAAAAACUCAAAUUUUCUCAAACCCGAUGCAUACUGACAAAGCCGAUUUGUACUUUGCCAAUGUGGAAAAGUUCUCAAUAAGCUUACCAGCUUUCUAUCUGAAAACGUAUCGAGGUGUCAACUUUAAAAUUGAGCCAGGAUAUACGAGCAUCGAUUCGACAACCACAACAAAUGUCACCACAACUGGAUUCUAUAUGAAGCCCAUGGGCACAGUUUCUAGUACCAUUACUGUUAAUAUCAAGAGAGAUACUAGAUAUCCUGGAGCUUCUGGCGUAAAUGUUCGCGGGUAUGUCCCAACAGGGGGAAAAGUCACAGUAGGAUUUUAUAAUGGAGCAUCAAAAUAUGAACAAUCAGCGCCGCCAAAUGAAUUCUUGUCUGCAUGGAGCAUUCCAUAUAUUGCACCGAUGUUCAAAGUUUCAUCUACAUCGUCAAACUCAUUGGCUGAGCAGUACUUUGUGCAAUACUUUGUAGCCCAAGGAGCAAUGAAUGGUGGUACAACUUCGAAACCGGGACAGCCAACAGUACCUCAGCCGACACUUCCCGGACCAACUCUACCUUACCCGACAGUACCUGGACGUAUCCAGACGACAACUAAAUCCUCCGGAGCCGUUCAAUUAUUUGUGUCCGUUACAAUUUCGAUGAUGCUAUGGUUGUAACGUUUUGAUGUUGAUAUUUAUUAUUUAUGAAAAUCGAUGCUUUAUAAAUGUCAAGUUUAAUACUGUUUUUCUACGAUUUUUAGAGCGUCACAGACCAUGUUUGGGAGAUUUUUUAUAAAAAAUUUUAUAUCG